AUCUCCGUUAUACUAGUACAUGUGGAGUUGCUGUCCAGUCCCUGCCAAACCCAAUUGUCACUUUGCUAGCUCCAAAAAGGGUGCAGCUUUGCUUAUUUUCCUCUCCUUCCCUAUUUGCAUCCUCCCCAAGCCCAGGCAGGCAUGGCGCACCACGCGCCGUCCAACUCUCUCAUACUCUUCCUGGUCCUCACUUCCAUCCAAGCCGGCAGAGGUGCGACGUCGCGUCCAUCGCCGGCGCCGGCGGGAUACGUGCCGGUUCGCGCCGUGGUGUACCGAUCGGUGGCGCUCCCGGCCGCGACGGUAGCCGCCGCCGGGGACGAGGCGCCGGGCGGAGGAAGUUACGAGCCGUUCCAGCUGUGCAUGGGGUGCCGGUGCUGCGCGGCGGCAGGGAGCGGCGGCGCGAGCAGCUCAUGCGUGGACACGCGGUGCUGCUACGCCAUCGACUGCAACGUCCCCGGCAAGCCCUUCGGCGUCUGCGCCUUCUCCCCCCGCACAUGCGGCUGCGGCGCCGGCGCCGGCAACAACUGCACCGCCACCUAGGGACACCGAUCAGCCUCGUCACCGUUCAGCCAACGAUCGUCCUCAUCAACCUGCUAGCUGUUUUCGACACGCUAUUACUUUUACUUCAAUUUGGAAAAAAGGUUAUAUGCCUACCAAAUGGCACUGCAGAUAUAGCUCAAGAUUUGUUUUUUAUUUCCUUGUAUUACUGAUGUCAAUUCUUUUGGGUACUGUCGAAAUAAUUUUGCUCGUCUCUA